ACAAGAUCUGAUCAUCUUGAAGUGUCAAUGAAAACUAGAAAGUUAUGCUGCCAGUGAUGCAGGGAUUGUCAGAGAAUUAAGAAAUUACCAUCAGUUUGGCAGAAUAUCUUUUGUUAUGGAAGCCUCACAAAAAUUACAGAUUGUCCUUCUUGGUACAACUGGGUCUGGUAAAAGUGCUUCUGGAAACAUCAUACUUGAUAAAAAGGUCUUCAAGUCUUAUGUAUCUACUCAGUCAGUGACAGUAUUAUACCAGACGGCUUCAGCCACAGUGAAUGGAAUGGAAGUCACAGUCGUGGACACUCCAGGAUGGCACUGCACUAAAAUCCCUGAGGAUGAGGUGGCAUACCAAAUAAAGACGGCCAUUUUAUCACUUAAUGGACCUUAUGCUUUUCUUAUGGUCUUCCCUAUCGGUUCCUUUACUGCCAAAGAGAUGCUAAUAAUUCCAAAAUUACAAAACGUCUUAGGAGAUCAAUUCAUGAAUCAUACCUCAAUUCUGUUCACACACUCUGAUAACCUUGAGUCAAAAUCCUUUAAGCAAUUUCUAGAGGAGGAAACAGGACCAUUGCGGAGCAUUAUUCUUGGGUGUAGCAAUCGAGUGUUCACCUGGAACAACAAAGACAGUUCAUCUGUCAAGAAAAGUCUGAACAAAGUCUUACAAGUUCUGAAAGAAACACAGAUAAAGCAUGACAAUGCUAUGGAUUGUGCCAAUAGUAAAUAUCAUGAUGAAGCAAUGCUGAUUGGAAAGCCAGAACACAGUCAAAUCCCUUCUGAUAAAGUGAUGGGACCUUCAGAUGAACAAGAGAAGAGGCACAAGAGAGACAAUGCAGAUCCUCUGGACAAAACCACUCAACAAGUCAGAGUUGUUGUCCUGGGAAUGACCGGAGCAGGAAAGACCUCAACCAUCCAGACUCUUUUAGGAAAAGAUGCCAAAACUGAAAGCACCAAAUCCCCACUGUAUACAAUCAGCAGGUCUGGGGUUAAUUUAAUGUUGAUUGAUUCUCCUGGAUUUAACAAAGAAACAGAAGUGAACGAUUCAGUCUCUCAGUCUCUUUCACAUGCCACUCCAGGGCCGCACGUCAUUAUGAUUGUGAUUAAAGUGGGAAUAAUUACAGCAGACACCUUUAAAAUGAUAGAUCACAUACACAAGCAUCUUGACAAAUCAAGAGCACACACACUGAUCGUUUUCUCUGGAAAGGAUGAUCUGAAAGACAAUGCUAUUGAAGAAUUCAUUAAGGAGAAUCCUGAGCUUGACAAUCUUGUAGAAACGUAUGACAAAAGAUAUCAUGCACUGAAUAACAAGGACAUUGAGGAUCAGACUCAAGCAAAUCAACUGCUGGAGAAGAUUUCUGAUAUAUACCAUAAAAACAAAGGUCAAUUCAUCGAAGAACAUGGGAAAAGUCCGGAUUACAAGGAAAACGAGAUGCCACAAGAACCAGACAAUCAAGACACAUCUGAGAUCAUGUGAAUUUAAAGUAUGGAUUAUGCAUUUAUCCACAUGCAGAUACAAUUCUGUGCAUGUUCAUUUUCUCAUUGACAAUAUUAGCAUCAAUAACUUUUGCUU